AACAUUUUUAGUGAUGGCCGAUGGUUCAGUUGGAAGGGAUGCUAAAACGACCGUUGCCGAAAUUUAGUGUAAAUUUAAUCACGUUUCCAACUCGUCGGUAUUUAAAAGUGAAUGAAAUUAAUCAGGAAAAACGUUUCCCGUGCAUUAGUGUUUUGCGUGUCAGUUAAAUUGCUUGUGUGGUACGGUGCUGAAUGUUUGUUGUGUCGUUAUAAUAAAUAGGAUCAGUGGAAGAUUCGUUAUAUUGGAUUACGGAUCGGUGUUUAUUUAAUUUUCAAGAAACAAAGAUAGUGUUGUGCUCGUGCCUGUGAAGUGUAUCGAUGAUACUCUAGGAGCUCCGGGACGGGGGCGCCACGCUGCUCGGAUUUAUCAUUUAGGGGCGGUGUGUGAGUGUCGCACCGCCAUGUCGCACCACAGCGACGAGCAGUCCAUGCUCACGGUCACCUCCGACUCCUUCUGGGAGCCCGGCAACUACAAGCGGACCACGAGGCGAGUCGACGACGGGCACAGACUAUGUGGGGAGCUACAGGCCCUCGUACAGGAGAGGGCGGAUAUAGAGAAGACUUAUGCCAAAAGUUUGAGAGGGUGGGCGAAGAAAUGGAACGACCUUAUAGAGAAAGGACCUGAAUACGGCACGAUGGAGGCGGCGUGGAAAGGUGGCAUGGUGGAGGCGGAGCGACUGUCCGACCUGCACCUCACCGUCCGCGACCGGCUCGUCAACGACGUCAUGGCGCAGAUCAAGAACUGGCAGAAAGAUACCUACCACAAGUCAAUGAUCCAGCUAAAAGAAAGGAAAGAAAUGGACGAAGCGUUCAAGAAAGCGCAGAAGCCGUGGGCCAAGUUUCUCCAGAAGGUGGAACGUACGAGGCUAGAGUACCACACGGCGUGCAAGCAGGAGCGGACCGCGCAGAACCAGGAACGGAACGCGGGAGGGGACAGCUCGCUGAGUCCUGACCAGCGUCAUUUACUGGUUAAGAAAAUGGCAGAGCGCGUGUCCAAAUGCCGCGAGGAAGUGUCCAAGUCCCGAGAGAAAUACCAAGCGGCUCUCGCCGAGAUUACCGCCUACAAUCCUCGCUACAUCGAGGACAUGAGCGGUGUCUUCGAGAGGUGUCAACAGAUGGAAGCCCAGCGGCUGACCUUCUUCAAGGACGUGCUGUUCAGCUUCCACAAGUGCCUCAACAUCAGUCAGGAGCCUACAUUACCCCAAAUCUACGAGGAGUUCCACCACACGAUAAACAACGCAGACCACCAAAAGGACCUCAAGUGGUGGGCCAACAACCACGGCGUUAAUAUGGCCAUGGCGUGGCCUCAGUUUGAGGAGUACACGGAGGAGUUCCGCGAGAUCGCUAAGGGCAAGAAGGAGUCUCUACCCACCGCGCCCAUCACGCUGCUCAACCAGCGACCCGUCAGCGAGGACGAGCUGCCGCCGAUCAUAAACAACAAGAUGGCGCCGAAGGCCAACCACGAGCCGCCGCCAGCCAACCACAACAACACUUCGAACGCCAACAACACGAACAACGUCAUCAAGAAGGAGACCAUUAGCGCACCUAUUGCUGUCACGAACGGCACAGCCUCCGCACCAAAGUCCAACAAGAGCUCCCCAGCUAAGGAGCCUCCCGGCAAACCGCAGGAGAACCCGUUUGAAGAAGACGAGUGGGACGAGGAGUCUGGCGGAGCGCUGACUGAUACCGGGGAACCUGGACAGCCCGUGCGAGCGCUCUACGACUACACCGGGGCCGAGAGCGACGAACUCAGCUUCAGACAAGGCGACCUAUUCGAGAAACUAGAAGACGAGGACGAGCAGGGCUGGUGCAAGGGGCGCAAGGACGGGCGCGUGGGGCUCUACCCGGCCAACUACGUCGAGCCCGUCGGCCACUAGCCCGCCGGCCACUAGCCCGUCGGACACUA